CAGCAGCAGCUGGAAGCACUUCUAGUGCCCAAAGUGGCCACUUUGGGGGAGCUCGAGCCAGUGCUGUUCAUGCCCAGUGCGAUGCCAGCCAGGGCCAUCCUCUGGGGGGACACCCUGAUCCUCCCCAUGGAGUCCCCUCCAACCCCAAGUGCUCGGGCACCGUGGUGGCCCCAGUGCCACACGCAGCCCCACUGGGGCCUCCUGGGCGUAUCCCAAACGUGCUCCGGGGAUUUAAUCCAACCCCAGCCCCCCCGGUGGCGGUGUCGGGCGCUGCGGUUCGGGGUCGGGGUGUCCCCAGCGCGGUGACAGCCGCACCCGGCAGCUCUGACGCACCGCGGAGGCCGCCGCGCUGCGGUUACCUCCGGCCUGGCGGGGCCGCACGGCUGCGGGUUGUGCCGCCGCGGAGCCGGUACCCCCGCCCGGGCGGCGGUGACGCGGUGGCGGGGAGGAGCUUCCCUCCCUCCCUCCCGCCAUCACCAAACUUUCCGCUCGCCGCUGGCAUCGCCGCCCUCGCACAUGGCACCAGCGCCCCCGGGUUGAGCCCUGACACCGGCCACCGGGCGGGUCCCGCUGCCGCCGGGAAUCGGGGAUCCGACACCAUCACCAGCAGCAGCACCGGCGGCGGAUCUCGGCGCAGGAGGACGGGGCAGAGCGCAGGGUGGCAGCGGGGGGGAGCGGAGCCGGUGCCCAUGUGCCUGCGGUCCCGGCGCGGCGAUGAGGCAGCGAUGAUGACAACCACCGCCGAGGGCACCCUCCGGCCCUGGAAGCCGGACCCGGGGCAGGCGCAGGGGGGUCGGGCCCCGCCGUGGCCGUCGCUGCCGCUGACCCUGACGGUGCUGGCCUGGCUGGGCACCGGCACCACCAUGGCCGGCCUCAACAAAUGGAUCUUCUCGGCGCACGGGUUCCGGUACCCGCUGCUGCUGUCGGCGCUGCACAUGCUGUCGGGGGCGGCCGUGGGGCAGGCGCUGGGCUGGGCGCGGGGACUGGCCCCGCCGGCCCCGCGGCACCGCGCCAGGAUCUACCUGCUCAGCAUCACCUUCUGCACCAGCGUGGCCUUGGGCAACCUGGGCUUGAGCUCCGUGCAGCUGGACGUGGCGCAGGCGGUGGCUGUCACCACGCCGCUGGUGACGCUGCUGCUGUCGCGGGUGCUGGGGCGCCGGCGGCACCACCCGCUGCAGUACGUGGCCAUGGGGCCCGUGUGCGCCGGGGCCGCCUGCGCCAUCGCCAGCGGCCACCAGCCCGGCUGCGGCUUCCUGCUGGCUGCUGCCGUGCUCCGCGCCCUCAAUUCCAUACAGCAGAGUGUCCUGCUGCAGGAGGACCGGCUGGACGCGCUCUCCCUGCUCUGCCUGACAUCCCUGCCCAGCUUCUGCCUGCUCCUGGGGGCCGCGGUGGUGCUGGAGGUGGGGCCCUCCUGGGACGGGGUCCUGCGCUACGACAGCACCCUGUGGGGCUGGGUCCUGCUGAGCUGCCUGGGCUCCGUCCUCUACAACCUGACCACGUCCCGCGUCCUGGCCCUCACCUCCGCGCUCACCGUGCACGUGCUGGGCAGCGUCACCGUGGUGGGGAACCUGCUGCUGUCGCGCCUUGUGUUCGGCACCCGCCUGAGCGGGCUCAGCUACGCGGGCACCGCGCUGGCGCUGGCCGGGCUGCUCCUGCUCCACCAGCCCCAGCUCCUCGCAGGGCGCUGGGCCCCGCGCACCGCACCCGGGCACCACGGCCAUGAGUAGGGACUGCGCGGGGCUGGGCACGGGAGCAACGGUGGCCGCGGUGCAGUGCACACAGGUGUGCUGAGCUGCACCGUGAUGUGUGUGCACGUGUGUGCUGGUGUGCAUGGAUCUGUGUGCACACGUGUGUGCUGAGGUGCAUGGAUCUGUGUGCACAUGCGUGUGCUGAGGUGCACAGUGAUGUGAACACAUCUGGUGUGCACGAUGCUGUGUGAACAUGUCUGGUUUGCACGGUGAUGUGUGCAUGUGUGUGCUGGCAUGCACAGUGAUAUGUGCACAUGGGUGUGCUGGUGUACACAGCUCCGUGUGCAUAUGGGUGUGCUGAGACGCACAGUGAUGAGCACAGAGCAGUGCUGGUGCACACAGGUCUGUGUGAACACGUCUGGUGGUGUGCACAGCUCUGUGCACGCGUGCUCCUGUGCACAGCACUGUGUGUACGUUUGUUUUCUGGUGUGCACAGAGCUCUGUGUGUGUGUGCUGGUGUGCAUAGCACAGUGCGCACACGUGUCUUGGUGUGCUCAGCUCUGUGCACAUGUGUGUUGAUGUACACAGCUCUGCGUGUGCAAGGGGGUCCAUGCAGAGCUCUGCACGCACAGGCUCUGCCAGCGUGCAUGUAUCUGCGUGUUGCUGUGCGUGCAUGGGGCACGUGCUGCUGUGCAGCUCUGUGUGUUCAAGCAGGUCUCACGCAUGUGGGCAUGCGUGCUCUGUAUGUAGGAACAUGUCUGUGUGCACGGCUUUGCGUGCCCGCGGGCGUGCACGGGUGUUGUGUGUGCAAGCGUGUUGCUGUGUGUGCAGAGCCUUGUGUGCAGGUGUGCAUGUGGGUAUUGUGCACAGGUGUGUCCCUGCACACGUCUGUGCACGGAACAUGCGUGUGUUGGUGUGCACAGCAACUGUGUGUGCAGAUGCACUUCCACAUGUACACGGCUCUGCACAGGGCCGUGUGUGAUGGGUACUGGUGGCACAUGCCUACAUGUGUGUGCCACGGCUCUACACGUGUGUCCCCAGGCUGGGCACGCUCAGGGAUGUGGCUGGGGAUACACGGCUCCAUGUAACUGAAUGCUGUCACAGCACAGUGUGUGUGCGCACACACGUGUGUCUGUAUGUGCGCGCGUGAACACGCCUGUGUGCCACUGAGCUCCGCUGGCUCGGGUACACCUGGGGUUGUGCACACGCGGUUCUUAUGGCUGAACAAGACACCAGGGCCAGUCCGUGUCCUCUCCUUGUCGUCUUCAUCCCUACCGUGUGUCCUCCGGCCACCACAGCUCCGGCCCCGCCGGUCCCCAUUUGCCGAGGCUGGAGCAGCAGAGCGGGAUGGCCAGAGCCCAGCAAAGGGCACGGGGAUGGCCCAGACCCACUCGCCAUCGCUCCGGGACAGCGAAGGGACGUCCCAGCGUGGGUUCACCGGCACCGGCACCGCCGCGGGCGAAGGGCCCGGCUCUGGUUGCACUUGUCCCAAAAUAAAGCUCUAUUUUUGUCGUGCUCCA